CCUUAUCACAAUCGCCAACGUGCUUCUUACAAGACUCCCUCUCUGCCCCUCUUCUUUCAUACAUUUUUCUCCUCUACGUACUGUACCCUUUCUUACCGUGACACCAGCAAUUCAAUAGACUCCUCUUCUCCUCUGCACGGUUUUCUUACUGGGCCCAACGUCAUUAUGCCCAAUUAAUUUCCACCACCUACCGCAGUGGUUUCAUUGUUUUUUUUUCUCGCCAUGCCAAUUAGGGCGGAGGUGGAAGAAUUUCUCAGAUCAUGGGCCGGCACCAUCAUCUGAGAUUUCCUGAACACCUAUACCUUUCUCCCCCUACACCUCCGCAGCCUUCUUCGUUCUUCCCGGCCACUGCUUCGUCCAUUUUCGCAGUCACAAAACCGGCCGUCUAUAUUCUUCCUUUCCAAGAGACUGGUCGCUCUACAGUUCUUGCAGAUACAGCCUUUGCAGUCGGAGACCGCAUCCCAGGCUUCAAGACUUCUGCUGCAUUCUUCAACACCCUCCGAGCAAAUCUGAUUCUCGACCCCGAUUCCUCUCCGCCCUCCCUCGCAAAUACCCCGGACCUUCGACCGACCAUGGCCUCCUCAGGCACCUUACCCCCGCCAUCACCCUCGCCGCUCGCGCACAGCGAAGAAGUUGGGGCUGGCGAGGACGACACCGUGGUCGUAACCACGCCCGAAAACCCGCUCGAGUCGAUCCCCGAAUUGUCCACCAAACCCGCGGUGAGCGUCGACGACAAAGUCGAUGCCCUCCAUUUACUCGCCGACUCGGUCGCGCAGCAACGCCAAGUCGCUUCCAAUUUCGUAAUCUUCCACCCCUUGAGUAUCGGCACAUUCAUCUUGUUCUUCGGCAUGAUAUCCCAGUACAUGUACAAAGGCCAGCGGUCCGAUUGGUUUCUGAUAGGCUCGACCUCCGCCGGAGUGUUGAUGUCCAUGCUGGUGACGGUCCGUUGGCUGGCAGGCGGGUAUAUCGACGAGGCGGAGAAAGUAGGGACGUGGAAAUGGCUCGAUCAGGGGCGUGACGCGGAGAACAGCCCCGCGGUAGGGGAGGCGGAUGAGGUUCUCCUCUCGCGCUUCGGCGACGAAGUCAUUGGGACGGUUAUCCUUCGUGGGGAGAGGGAUACAGGCGCGAGCAAGAAACCGCGCAGAAAUGCACCGACAACAGGGGUAAUUCGAGGAUGGACCGUCAAGCGGAGAUACCGCGGCAAGGGCGUCGGGCAGGGUCUGCUGGAGGAUGCGACUAAGCUAUGCCAGAACAAGGGCUGGAGUGGACCUGAGUUUGCGGAAGAUCAUGCACAUAGCAAACGAAUUCUGCCGUCAACGUUUAAUAGCGGGUUCUCCAAACGAGACCGCAAGGCGCAUGAGAUGUUGGAGAAGGUUAGGGACGAUAUGGCGCCCAGUACGAAGAAGGGAAAGAGAUGAUUCUGGAUUUGCAAGACUCUUUAUGAAGAUAUUUAUACCCCCAGGGACAUUGGAUUCGGUGUUUUAGAGGUUGGAUGGGUAAUUUAGACCAGACCAUAUGUUGAUUGUCAAGUUAAUGGCCAAAUGUCAUGUUUGACACUCCGAACUCGAAGCUUUUAUACCGUAGACUCAUGGCCUCGUCAAGAAUAGAUAUCUAUGACCUGGCAGCAGGAUGUCCCCCUGUGUGCGGCACUCUUGCAAGAUAUUGGCCGACUUU